AUGGAACACAUGACAAAUGUUGGAGAUGGAGUGAAUGAUGAAAAUGUGUUAUUUGGAAUGAUGGAAAACGGCGGUGGCGGUGGUAGCGGCGGCGGUGGUGGUAAUGAUGACGUGAGUUUGAAGAAAGGUCCUUGGACAACAGGAGAGGAUGCAAUUUUGAUUGAUUAUGUAACAAAACACGGGGAAGGAAAUUGGAAUGCAGUUCAAAGGAAUACAGGCUUGAAUCGUUGUGGGAAAAGUUGUAGGCUUAGAUGGGCUAAUCAUCUAAGACCUAAUUUGAAAAAAGGCGCAUUUUCUCAUGAUGAAGAGAAACUCAUUGUUGAACUUCAUGCUCAAUUUGGCAACAAAUGGGCUCGAAUGGCUGCAUUGUUACCGGGAAGAACCGAUAAUGAAAUCAAGAAUUACUGGAACACGAGAAUCAAACGUCGUCAACGACAAGGUCUUCCUCUUUAUUCGGAUGAACAAGAUCGUCCGAACACACCAACAACACCUUCACCGUGUACACCGACGGGUUCAAACCUUAAUAACAACAUGACGCCGAAAUUCGAGUUUUUCAACCAAUAUCAUCCACAACAACACCAUCUUCAACAACAACAACAUCUUCAUCCUUUGUCUCCAACACCAACUCAUCAUCAUUCUCCUCUCUCUUCACCACUCCAACAUAGACAACAACAACAUCAACAACAUUCUUAUUCUCCUCACACAUUCUUAGACACUUCAUCAUCUUCUUCGUUUUCGCCACUUUCCUUCACUUUUCAAAGACCUGCACCACUCUUAUCUACGCCGCUUCGCUUCAAACGCUACCGUUCGACACCAAGUUUUAGCAUAAUCCCAAAUUCCAUGACACAAAAUUGCUCUUCUUCACUCAACGAUCCUUCUUUAACGUCUCAUCAUCAACACGAUAGCUUUCGGUUUCCGAUGCAAUACAACUCGAGCUUUCCUCAAUAUUUUCAUACUCAUUUGUUAGAAUCCGAUCUAGCAGUUUCUUCAAAUCAAUAUUUAAGAACAAACCUAGAGCAAGAUGUUAAGCCAAAUAUUGAUUUCAAUGAUCCAAAUUCUUUUCAAAAUAAUAAUAGUAUCAUGAUGGGAGAUAUUUUAAUGGAAGCACAAACCCUAGCAUCUGGUCAAAAUUCAAAGAAAAGAAAUUACUUGAGCUUAAAUGAAGGAAAUGACAUGUUUAAUGGAUGUCAAAGCAUUGAUGAUUUUACACUAAGCUCUAUUUAUUGGCCUUCUAAUUCAGGAACAAAAUCAAAGGAAGAAGCACCAGACCUAAGCAAAUUUAUGAAUGAUGAAAUGUCAACAAUGCUAACAGUGAUGCCUUCAUCAACAAUGCAAAGUCAAGAUUGGAAUAAUAAUAAUAAUAAUGAUAAUAAGAAUAACAAUAAUAAUAACAAUGCAUUAGAAGUGACCAAUGUUCAAUCUUCUAGUGGUGUGAUGGGUGAUGAAAAUUUUGGACUCGAUAUUAAACCAAUAGCUUCAUUGUUUCCUCUUACAAAUACUACAAACAAUGAUAAUAGUAAUGAAAACAAUGGUUGCUACAGUUGGGACAAUUUAUCAGGACUAUGUUGA